ACUCUCCCGAUCUCGGCGUCCACACCUGCUUACGUUUACCAGCAUUCCGAUUUGUCGUGGUCAACGCUUAGGCAUAAUAUUUCCAAACAAGAAAAAAUAUAAUAUAAUCUUUUUGCAUUGCAGUUGUAUCGAGUUACUGUUUUCGUUUGUCGUCGGUUCGAUGGUGGUCGCCGGGCCGUUUAUGUUCUAUUCACUUCCAACGAGUUUUGUUAGUAAUAACUAAUAUUUAUUCAUUUUUGUUUAGUUUCGUUUUUAUGCAUAACACGAUGAAGUAUGCUUUAAAAAAAACCGCCCAACUGCAGUAGGUUUUUCAGUACUCAGAAGUCGGUCGGGCGCAAAGUGAUGUGCACGGCUCGUUGAUCCUCUCGACCUUGGUGAUGCCAUAAGUGACAACGGCCGGUAGCGGUUUUUCCCAUCGCCUUUAACUCUCCUCACAGCAUUCAUACGAAUCUUUGGUCUUUCGUUCACAUGCAGUCCAGCAGGCUCGACGCUGAGUUCGCAAUGCGUUCGUCUUCGGAUGUGUUUCAGUCGCCCACGACCAUGGAAAAAUGCGUAUGGAAUGUGAAGAACCGGCCUUUAACAUUUUUACUGAUUGUCUUGGCAGUUGCCGCCGUACUCGGUGGGCUAGUCUACUUCACCACCGACAUAUUCAAUAAACCCGAAGCUCAAACCAACAUCGAAACGUUAGAGUUUUUAAAACUAAUGAACGGCGGCUACGAACCGAAUCUUUUCAACGGAACGUGGGUUUCGGAUGCGGAAAUAUUAAUGAAGGACGACGACGGCCAUAUCGUUUUGCUGGAUGUUAGAAACUCAAACAAAACCAUUUUGGCAUCGAACAAUACUCAGAACGUCGCAAAAUGUUUCCAUUACGAAUUGUCGGCGGACAAAGAAUACCUUCUGAUAGCCUAUCACUACCGUAAGGUUUAUAGGCACUCGUUUAUAGCUAACUAUGACUUGAUCAACGUUAAGACCGGAGAACAAGAAACGUUGCUCGCGAAAAGUUCUAAUAAUAUUACUAAGGCCAGAGAUUUGCAGCUGGCAAAAUGGUCACCCGUCGGCCAAGGCCUUGCGCUAGUAGAACAAAAUAACAUAUUCUAUAUAAGUUCAGUUUCCGAUCUGAAAUCGGAAAAACAAAUAUCUUUUACUGGAGGUUUUGAACUAAUCAACGGCAUCCCCGACUGGGUGUAUGAAGAGGAAGUAUUCAGUACGAAUUCGGCAAUGUGGUUUUCAAAAGGAGCUACUAUGUUAGCGUAUGCUUCUUUUAACGACACACAAAUACCAAUAAUGCAAAUACCACUGUACGGUAUACCGGGAUCGCUUAAAUAUCAGUACCCAUCUACGUUUGCCAUUCAUUAUCCAAAGGUCGGUACGCCUAAUCCAAAUGUAGAACUAUUUGUAAACGAUUUACAAUCCGGCUCUUCUGUCGAAAUACGCCCACCGCCGGAUAUACCGCUAGAUUUCAUAUUAAAUACAGUUUUAUGGUCAGACGAUGCCAAUUUGUUUGUAAUAUGGAUGAACCGAAUUCAAAAUGAAGCGCAACUCGUCCAUUAUGUCCUCGACAAGAAUACCGUUAAAAUUCAAUAUGUCAAAAAAUUUGCACAAAUUAAUGGGUGGUUAGACUUCUCGCAAAUACCCUUAGUGGGCAAAAACAACACCCUUGCCAUAAUUUAUCCAGAGAAACAGAUUAACGGCGAGUUUUACAAGCAUGUUACUCUUGUGAAACCCGGUGGACAAUUGAGUCCAUUGACCAGUGGCUUGUUUGUAGUGUCUGAACUUCUAAAAUGGGACAUAAAAUCCGAUUACGUAUAUUUUAUGGCCAAUACGGCAGACAACCCAGAAGAAGAGUACAUGUACAGAGUAUUGGCGUCAGGCAAGGGUCAAAUGGAGUGCAUGACAUGUGACAAAAAAUGCAAAUUCAACGCAGCAGUGAUGAGCGAAGACGGCAACUAUUAUACCCAUACAUGCAGCGGACCUAACGUCCCAGAAGUUCACAUAGUCAAAACGACUGGCGAACAGAUUUUGGAAUGGAACGGAAAUAACGACCUUAAGGAAGAAUUGAAACCCGUGAUCUUGCCGAGGAUUUCCUUUAUUGACGUGCCCAUAAACGAUAACUACACAGCUCGCGUGAAACUCAUACUGCCACCUAUGCUAGAUGAAAACGCGGAUAAAAAAUAUCCAAUGCUCGUCAACACUUAUGCCGGGCCCGGGUCUAAUAUGGCGGUGAACAAAUUCUCUUUGGAUUGGAACAAAUAUUUUUGCACGAGCCAAAACGUUAUCAUAGCUCAAAUCGACGGCCGUGGAUCUGGACGAAAAAGCAAUAAAUAUCUGUUUGCUAACUAUAAAAAAUUGGGUACUUACGAGAUCGAAGAUCAGAUAGCCGUUGCUAAAUCCCUUCAAAGUCGUUUUUCGUUCAUCGAUGCUUCCAAAUCUGCGAUCUGGGGAUGGAGUUAUGGUGGAUAUGCGGCCGGCAUGGCUUUGGCAAAAGAUGAUAAAAACAUUUUCAAAUGCGCACUGUCCGUAGCUCCCGUUACUGAUUGGAUUUAUUACGAUACUAUUUAUACGGAACGAUACAUGGGAUUGAUCACAGAAAACGGACAGGGUUACCGAAACGGUAGUCUAUUGACACAUGUUGAGAAGAUGCGCGAUAAAAAAUACAUGUUGAUACACGGCACUUUCGACGACAACGUACAUUACCAACAGUCAAUGAUGUUAUCGGCCGAACUGGAACACAAAGUGAUAUUAUUUAGACAACAGAGUUAUCCUGACGAAUCACAUGGUCUGUCAAGCGUUCGACCUCAUGUAUACCGGACAAUCGGUUCGUUUUUCAUGGAUUGUUUUAAAGGCAACAUGUGAUCUCAAAACAAUAUCGUUGUCAAUUGUCAUAAUUAUUAUCGUAUACUUAGAAACAUAUAUAGUAGAGUCCAAUAUGUCUAAAAUUUAGACCUUGUGUAUUGACGUGCUCGAGUAUUUAUGUAAUUUUAAUGUAUUAGGUACCCGUUGAAUUAUGUAUACAAUUUGUGAGUUAUUAUUAAUAGUGUUAUCUUUUAAAUGCAUUCCACGCAUAAUAUACGAUUUGUAUGCUUCUAUCUAAUAGUUACCGAUGUUCAAUACUGUAUGAUAUACAUGUUUAGCCAAUUUAAACAUAUUAUUAUGAUAUUAAAACAAAUCAAAUUUGUAUCAA